GGCAUUGUCAUCUAUAAGAAGUUUUAGUUCUAGUUUUUUGUUUUCCUUAUUUUUAAGUUAAUUACUCAUAAUGUUAGCAAAUUAAUAAAAUUAGGAUGACAAUGGAAAGGAGGAUUAAGUUAAAAACACUCAAUAGUCACAUCACAUGUAAAAUUUGCCGCGGAUACUUCAUCGACGCGACUACGGUUACCGAGUGUCUUCAUACGUUCUGUAAGAGUUGUCUGGUGAAGCACUUGGAAGAAAAUAACACAUGUCCAACAUGCAACAUUGUGAUCCACCAGUCCCAUCCUCUGCAGUACAUAAGCUUUGAUAGGACCAUGCAGGAUAUUGUUUAUAAAUUAGUGCCCGAUUUACAGGACAAUGAAAUAAAACGUGAGAGAGAUUUCUACAGAGCGAAGGGGCUGCCGUGUCCAAAGGAUGCAGCGCUUGCAGCAGACAAACCUGGAGCUGGUGAUGAGCCUGAACAACCUGAUAACACUGACUGUCAUAGGAAAGAUGAACAGGUGAAUGUUUGCUUGGAGUGCAUAUCAACAUCUCUGCGUACAUUAAAGCGCAGCUUCAUCAGAUGUUCAGCACAGGCGACUAUAACACAUCUCAAGAAGUUUAUAGCUAAGAAAGUGCUGAGUGGAAUUGAGAAGUAUAGAGAAAUUGACAUACUCUGCAAUGAUGAGUUACUGGGCAAAGAUCACACGCUGAAGUUUGUGUAUGUAACGCGCUGGCGGUUCCGCGACCCCCCGCUACGGCUGCAGUAUCGACCUAAGAUAGACUUGUAAAUAUGCAUUAGUUACGACAAUAUUAUGUUAAAUGCGAUUUUAAUUAUACACUAGGUUUCCUUGAUUAUACCAAUUAAGAUCAAAGAAUCCAACAUUUUUACCAUUGGACCUUUUGAUUGAGUCUAACGGUCCAACAGGAAACAACUACAAUAUGAUAUACAGUAACAUGUUAAAGCGCCUAUUUAUUUAUACUGUGGUAAUUGUUUACUAAAGAGAUGUAUGAAAAUCAAUUUGUUUGUGUCCUAUUAAGUUAUAUAUCACAUAAAAAUAUUGUAAUAUCAAAAUCUGUAAUAAUCUAGAAAUUAUUUACAUGAACAAACUAUUAGGCAGUACAAUUGAAUUAAAACUUAUUUACUUUAAAUCCUUAGUCAGCCAUCUCCUGUUGGAGGGUAGCGAUCAUCAUGGUAUCUUAAACUGGGCACUGUAUCUGUAAAUGAGUAAAUGGGAAAUAUAUGCUCUUAUUACUUUCAAUUAUUUACAUGUAUAGUUGAAUCUGGAUAAGCUAGAAAACUCUUUAAGCGAGUCAUGGUCCAUUGGUGUCGUCAAUCCAUGGUCCAUGGAUUUUAAAAUCGCAUUAUAACAUAUAAGAGGGUAUGGAAUGCCCUAAAUAUGGAUACCAUUUUGUACUAGUAUUUAAUUAUCACCAAAAGUGAUGAAAAUUUUUAUACAUUUAGAUAAUAAAAUGUUUUAAUCGAAUAUUAUAUUUCGUUUCAUGUAUAUUUUAGUUAAAUAUAUAAUUUAAUAAUAGUCAAUUUUCGUCCAAAAUACCAUGUCCAAUAAUAUGUUUGUCAAUUUAAUUCCCGGACAUUUUCUAUAUGUAAUUUUUUUUUGGCAUAUAUCAUAUAUGUACAUAUAAUCUACAAUUGUAUGUGCAAUCUGUGAAAUUAAUUAUUAUUUUAUGAAUGAAAUAUUUUUAUG